AUGGUGACGAUCGAGGCUUGGCGAAAGAUGUCAGCAAAUCUUGCUGACAAAUUGGGCUUUCUCACCUUGUCACUUCGUUACUCAACUUUAUCUCAACAACAACCCCUUAUCUGCCAAUUGACAGUCACGUGGGCCCGCAACAUUUCACCAGUCCUUCAGAAGAAGACCAUCGUUGUUCGGCCUUUGCAUUCCUUUUUCGCCCCCUUCCCCACGACCGACCUGUACAUGCAAGCAAUCGUGGUCAAGGACCGACUCUUGCGCUCAUCACCUUGCCUCCCUUUCUCCCUCUCGCCCCCUUUCGGUCUCUUUGGCUCGUUCCCACUCUUUGCAACAUUCACGCAUUUGCACGUUCAUGCGGUCAGAUACUAG